AUGACUCAUUCCAAUGAUACUCAAUUCCACCCCCCUUUUUUCAUAUUACUGGAAAAUUUCCACAUUUGGAUUGGCUUCCCUUUUUGCAUUGUGUAUCUUAUUGCUCUCUUGGGAAACAUCACCAUAUUGUUUGUGAUCCAGACUGAGAAGACACUUCACCAGCCCAUGUUCUACUUUCUGGCCAUGUUGGCCACUAUUGAUCAAGGACUAUCUACAGCCACCAUUCCUAAGAUGUUAGGCAUCUUUUGGUUUAAACUGAGGGAGAUCACAUUUGGUACCUGUCUCAUUCAGAUGUUCUUUAUACAUAUCUUCACUGUAAUGGAAUCAGCUGUCCUAUCUUCUAUGGCUUAUGAUCGCUAUGUGGCCAUCUGUAAUCCCUUGCAUUAUAGCACUGUCCUCACCAACAAAGUGGUGGCCAUAAUGGGCAUUGUGGUAGUGGUGAGGUCUUUCUUCACAGUGAUUCCUUUUGUGUUUCUGAUCCUUCGACUUCCUUUCUGUGGAAACCAUGUCAUUCCUCAUACCUACUGUGAACACAUGGGCAUUGCUCGAUUGUCUUGUGCUAGCAUCAAAGUCAAUAUGAUCUAUGGUCUGUGUGCUAUUGGCACUCUUAUGCUGGACAUUGUAGCUAUAGCUCUGUCCUACAUACAGAUUCUCCUAGCUGUUUUUCACCUCCCCUCUCAGGAUGCCAGGCUGAAAGCCCUGAGCACUUGUGGCUCCCAUGUGUGUGUCAUCUUGGCCUUUUAUACUCCAGCCUUAUUCUCUUUCAUGACCCACCGCUUUGGCCGGAAUGUCCCUCGUUACAUCCAUAUCCUUCUGGCCAACUUGUAUGUCAUUGUCCCACCUAUGCUUAACCCUGUCAUCUAUGGAGUUAGGACCAAGCAGAUCAGAGAAAAGGUGUUAAAGAUGUUACUCAAGAACUAG